UAAAGACCUGGACCCCGAAAUAUGUCCUCAUUCCCCAGCUGGCCCAGGGUGACCGUGAGGAUAGACUUGACAUCACAAUAUCCCUUUUCUGAGGAUUCAUGCCCUUGGAGGGUGGGGUAGGAGGAGGGGUAACCCUAGGAGAAGUCAUCACCACUUUGUCCACCGUGGGUGAAGUACGAAUCAGUAGCCAUGCCAGGCCUCAGCUGGGCCACAUCUGGAGAACUGGGGUGAGGGCACAACAUCGCAAAAUACCUGGCCCUAGCCUGGUCACUCAUCCCUUUUUGGGCAACAAGGAAACUAUCCUGUGGCAUGAGAACACAAUACCUGAGACAAAGGCCAGCAGAAACAUUUGCCUGCCUCUACCCUUUCUGCCCCAGCUUCCACCUGCACCCCAUCUGCCCGCCCACUAAAGCGCAUGUCGCAUGCCAUCUCUCGAACAUCCAGGAUGUCCCAGAGUGGAUGUCCUUCAGGUCUUUCGGCAGACAAAAAUAUCUCUUCAAGUGCCACUCAAGUGAUAGUGAAGACUGCAGGCAACCAGAAAGACUUUAUGGUAGCUGAUGACAUCUCGGUGAGGCAGUUCAAGGAGAUGCUAUUGGCUCACUUCCAAUGCCAAAUGGACCAACUAGUGCUGGUCUUCAUGGGCCGCCUUCUCAAAGACCAUGACACACUGAGCCAGAGGGGCAUCAUGGAUGGCCACACCAUCUACCUGGUCAUCAUGUCCAAGCAUGGCUCCAGAUCUCUAGCCCAUUCCUUCCAGGAUCUGCCAAUGAAUGAUCCCUGCCACUGGAACAGAAACACCAAAGGAAACAGCAGCGGGGUGCACCAACCAACUGGUAUGAAUCAAGCUCCAGUAGAAUUGGCCCACUUUGUGGGGCCUGAUGCACCCAAAGUGCAUACCCAGAACUUGGAAGUGAGCCAUCCAGAGCACAAAGCACAGAUGCUGGAGAAUCCUAGCAUCCAGCGGCUUCUGUCCAACAUGGAGUUCAUGCGGCAGUUCAUCUCAGAACAUUUAGACACUCAACAAUUGAUGCAGCAGAACCCAGAAGUUUCCCACCUUCUUGACAAUUCUGAGAUCCUAUGGCAGACUCUGGAGCUGGCCAGGAACCUUGCUAUGAUCCAAGAGAUAAUACAGAUCCAGCAACCUUCACAAAACCUUGAGUAUCCACUGAACCCACAGCUGUAUCUGGGCUUAGAGACAGUGCCAGGUGGGAAUAAUGCCCUGGGUCAGAACUGUGCUGACAUUAAUGAUCAAAUGCUGAACAGUAUGCAAUAUCCUUUUGGAGGAAAUCCUUUCACAGCUCUCCUGGCAGGACAAGUGCUGGAACAAGUCCAGUCUUCACCUCCACCUUCACCACCAUCCCAGGAACGACAAGACCAGCCACAGCAUCCUGCAACCCGAGUCAUCUAUAAUAGCUCUGGUGGUUUAUCUUCAAACACCUCAGUCAGUGACACCCCUAACAAGGUCAACCACACUUCCAAGGCCAACACUGCUAUGAUCUCCACCAAGGGCCAGAGCCAUGUCUGUGCCACUCGGCAGCCAGCUGGGAUACCAGCCUUACCUAGCAUAGAGCUUACCCAGCAGCUUCAAGAAGAAUACAAAGAUGCCACUGUUUCUCUAAGUAGCUCCAGACAGAUAUUAGAGGGUGAUCUCCAGCUGUCAGAUGAACAGACCAGCUCCCAUAUCACAGGAGGCAUGAUGCAGUCGCUUAUGAACACCCCCUACCUGGCAGCUCAGAUUAUGUUGUUCAUGAGUAUGCCUCAGCUGAGUGAACAGUGGAGGCAGCAGCUGCCCACAUUCCUGCAGCAGACACAGAUUUCUGAUCUUCUUAUUGCUUUAGCCAACCCUAAAGCAUUCCAAGCAAUAUUGCAGAUUGAGCAGGGCCUCUGGCUGCUGGCCACAGCGGCUCCGGUUCUUCUACCUUGGGUUGCACCUUACCUAUGGGGCUUGGGUUGGCUUUCUGCCCCCAGCUGCAGCUAUCCUGACACAGUGCUCUGUUCCUGGAAUGUUUUGGAUAUACCCGAGCCUAAGGGACCUGAGUGCUGCCACAAACCUGGAACAGUCCUGUAGAGGCUACAAUCCCCAGAUGGGGACCCUUACCACCCUCUGCAAGCUCCUGAGAUUCGUUUUAGCAAACAGAUGGAAUCUCUCCAGGCCCUGGAAGCUGGGAACCACCAUGCCAAUCUACAGGCACUCAUUGCUACUGAAGGGGACACCAAUGCUGCUACCCACAAGCUCAAGGGAUCCCAGAGAUUCUAACCACCAUGCCUACUUCUUUGCUUGCCACCUGUCUGUUGACCCACCUGACCAUCUCAUUUGCCUUUUCCACCUCUCCCGAUGCUUCCAGCCAAGAGAAGUCCUGGAAUAGGAGUUAUCAACCAGUGUGUCUUGUACUGAAUAAUAGAUCACUGGCCAUGGCUGGAACAUCUGUCAACAAAAUGGCUACACUCACUUGC